UACUGGGCGGUCACGGCCACAUCGUGUUCACGUGGUAGCGGAUCAGCACAAGGCGAGCGCCGCUGGUAAAUCUGGGCACAGGCUGCCUGGCUGCCAGACUCUUCCAGCCAUGGACCUGGAGGUGGAAUCCGCCGACGUAAUUCGUCUGAUCAUGCAAUAUCUCAAGGAGAACAACUUGCAUCGCACGCUGGCGACGCUGCAAGAGGAGACGACGGUGUCGCUUCACACCGUUGACAGCAUCGAGAGCUUCAUCGCGGACGUUAACAACGGGCACUGGGAUAUCGUGCUGCUUGCUAUCCAGUAUCUCAAACUUCCUGAUAAGCUACUCAUUGAUCUCUAUGAACAGGUGGUCCUGGAGCUGAUUGAGCUGAAGGAGACGGGAGCUGCCCACUGUCUGCUGGCUCAGACGGACCCUCUGAUCAUGCUGAAACACACCCAGCCUGAGCGAUAUGCCAGGCUGGAAGCCCUGCUCACAGGCCCCAACUUUGACCCGAAGCAGGCUUACCCAGAGGGCAGCAGCAAAGAGAAACGCAGGUUGGCUAUUGCUCAGGCAUUGGCUGGUGAGGUCACUGUGGUCCCACCCUCUCGCCUCAUGGCUCUGCUGGGACAGGGUCGUCUAUGUGAGGGCGCCCUCUACAGGUUACAGGAGACCAAAGCGCUAAGGCAGUUUGGAUCAUUAGCCGUGUUGUCUCUGAAGUGGCAGCAGCACCAGGGUCUUCUGCCUCCGGGAAUGUCCAUCGACCUAUUCAGAGGCAAGGCUGUGAUGAAGGACCUGGAGGGCGAGCGUUUCCCUACUCAGCUCAGCCAUCUCAUUAAGUUUGGUCCAAAGUCCCAUGUUGAGUGUGCACGGUUUACACCAGACGGCCAGUACCUGAUUACGGGCUCUGUAGAUGGCUACAUCGAGGCGUGGGACUUCGAGACGGGUAAAAUUUGUAAGGAUCUGAAGUACCAGGCUGAGGAUAACUUCAUGAAGAUGGACGAGGCAGUGCUUUGUCUGGCAAUGAGUCAUGACUCAGAGAUGGUGGCCUCUGGAGCCCAGGAUGGAAAAAUCCAGCUGUGGAGGAUCCACAACGGUCAGUGCCUGCGCAAAUUCGAGCGUGCCCACAGCAAGGCCGUUACCUCCCUCUCCUUCAGCAGGGACAACAGUCAGCUCCUGAGUGCCUCCUUCGACCACACCAUCAGACUCCAUGGAUUAAAAUCAGGAAAGAUGUUGAAGGAGUUUCAAGGCCACAUCUCUUGUAUAAAUGACAUCAUCUUUUCACACAAUGGCCAAUAUGUCAUCAGCGCCUCAGCAGAUGGUACUGUCAAGAUCUGGAGCAUGAAGACUGUGGAAUGCAUCCGCACCAUCAAAACACCAGACAUCCCUGAAGGCUUAGACAUCACGGUUAACAAUGUCGUUCUUGUGCCCAAGAACCCUGAACACUUUGUGGUGUGUAACAGGACUAACACAGUGGUCGUUAUGAAUAUCCACGGCCAGGUGCUGAGGAGCUUUAGCUCAGGCACGAGGGAGGGAGGAGACUUUGUAUGCAGCACCCUGUCUCCUCGUGGGGAGUGGAUUUACUGCGUGGGAGAGGACUACGUUCUCUACUCGUUCAGCACCAUCACUGGCAAGCUGGAGAGGUCUCUGAUGGUGCAUGAGAAAGAUGUGAUUGGCAUAACUCAUCAUCCUCACCAGAACCUUAUCGCCACCUACAGUGAGGACGGUCUACUGAAGCUCUGGAAACCUUGAAGCUUUUCUGUUCAGAGGUGUUUGCUCAGUGCACUAUAUAGUCUAUAUAUGUGUAGUGGUUCCAAGUCCUGAUCCUGGGGCACCCCUGUACAUACAGGUCUCUGCAGCUAAUGCGUCAGUGCUUAGUGUGACAUGAAAGUCUUCCAUUCAGUAACAAUGAAGGUCAAUUAUAUAUUUUACCAACAAACCCUCCUACACUAAAAGAAAGGAAGUUAAAGACGUGAUGAAAUUCACCACUUAGUUCCCAUUGAAGUGUGUUACUGAAAAGUAUAAAGUAAUUUGGAUAUGAUAGAACUGCGCUGUGACACUCGAUUACAGCUUGACAGUUUAAUCUAGGCUACAGAUUCCUUGAGGCUUCACACAACCUUGCUACUAAAGCAAAGGUCCUAAGCCAAGGACGGACAGCAAAGAGAUGAUGAGAUCUCGGCAUCAGAUGGAUUUGACUUUGGAAAGAUGUAAUCUAAGGUGUUCUCUUAGGAAAAACUGCAUGAGCAUAGUGACCUAUUCUUUGUGAAGGGAUCUCUAGUGUCGUCCAUAUAGGAACCUGCAUGCCAGUAGCCUUAUGACACUACACAUUUACUCUGUGUAUUGGUUUCUCUAGUCAACAGUGGUUUCGUUCAUAUAAAGUGAAGAAACAUAUAGUGUGCUUCUACCUGGAUUAUAUGAAAGAACUGGGGUUGUUCAACCAGUGAGGUCUCCAAUUGUAGCUCCCCAGUAAGGGUUCACAACAUAGAACCAAACAACCAAAUGAAUUAUGAAAAUGAUAAGAGAAUGAUCUUUUUUGUGCAGAGUUUACCACAAAGCCUAAGACUGGAGAGGUUACUAUGAAUUUUAUGUCGGCUAAUGAACAUUCUGAUGUGUCCAUGUAGUCAAAUCUAUUUCUAUUUUAGUAUAAUUCUGGUGUGAUGGCUUGGUGUGUUUUAACACUUGACCCAACACAUGCAUGCAACCUUGGUUAUGUGACAAUGGGAAUAUACUGUGUGUGUAAUUUGUUUUGGUGUUCAAAUAUCAUAGACACUGUCAAGGAUGUUCUCACUUAUGGACAGUGGGUUAAGGUGACUUUACUAUGUAAAUUCAAGUGAAAUAAAGCAUUGGUAAAUGCAGUGAUAUUGCUGUCCUGCUGUUAGUGAAAAUGGGUUUGUUUUCAAUUCAUUAUAAAGCACUUUUUUACAUUGUUUUAUUUGGAUUAUUGUCAUGGCUAUUGACAGAACAAGCAUAAAAACAUCUGAAGUACAAUGAAAUAAAAUUCCCUGCAUGUUAUGUGAAAAACUGCCAACACACCACUGAGCUGUCCAGUUGAUCUAGUCGUAACUGAACUCUAACCACAUUUUGAAACUACAGUGUAGUGUUUUGCAUUUUCGGUGCAACAUGUACAUGGUGGAAUUUUAAAUUGAGCUGCUUGAGGCCUGGUUCAUUCUCAGGUUGCCAUGGUUUCUCAGUUCGAUUCCUCUAUGGUUCAAUAAAGGCCUGCUAUUCCUACUCACUUUUCCCAUGCCAUUUGUUUUGUUUGCCUCAAAAAUAGCUGGGUAACUAGCCCUGGCUACUUGUGUGGUUACUAAAAUAUUCAGAUCUACAAAGUUAAAUACUGAGCUCCACAUAAUUUCACACCUGUUCAAAUGAGUCCAAGAGACCCUGGAAAAUGCAGGUAAAGGAGAGUUUAAUUCAUAAAUUAAAAGUACAACAUCUACAUUAUUGGGCCAAAUAAAACUGAUUCUAAUAUAGCACUUAGACAACAACCAUACUUUUCACAGAUUCAGAAAAGUACUUUUGCCCUUCAGCUCUCCAACACGAUGAAAAAAGCAAUUGUUUUCCUGAGACCCAGGGCAUAGUGAAGACCAAAAAAGCCAGCAUCCCACUGAGUCUGAAUGUGUGUCCUUUGCUGCAAAACACCGAGCUAGGACUGCCUUUACACAUAUUUAGUAAGGCCUCACAGGUGAAGAAUUUGUAAUCAAUAUUUGGAGACAAAACAAGACCUUAAAGACUUCAGAUAAAAAUUAAUGAAAAAAGAGCAUGUCAUUAUGAAAGGUAAAAUUAUUUUGUCUCAUUGUUGCAUAAAUUUGCUAUAUUGUGAUAAAAUUAAUCAUGUUUUAGAAGAUAGGAUUAUAUUCAUCAGUUAAACAUCAUAGAAAAAUUAUACUAAUAAAUAACUCAUUUUAUAAUUAUUGUGCAAAUGCAUCUACACAUGUAAAAAUAACUCAAUGUAUCCAAAAACUUUUCCAUUUCAGUUAACAGGUUAUAGUCAUAACGUAAAUGUAAUUUAGAGGUCAUAAUUCAAAAAUACUGACAACCAAGCAAAUACUGGGCACUUAACAGAACACAUAAAAUGCACACAAUUUUUCACUUAUACCAAAUGUACUCCAUCAGCCUGUUUCAUGUAUGACCUUUUUUUUUUUUUUUUAAACAAACAAACAAAAAAAAACACACUGGAGCUGAAAGGUUAAUCUAGCUAGCAAGUACUGCGAGCUACUAAAAUCUUUUCCAUAAAUACAUGCCCAAAUCUUCAGACAUUUGUCUUAAAC